AUGUUGAUUGAGGGUAUUGAAGGUUCCUUUAUUGCGGUUGAAACUGUAAGACAAGUUGGAGUUGAGUGCGGGAGAAGGUCUUCGCCAAGAUUUGAUUCGGAACAGGUAGAUACUAUAGGGGCUGGUGAUCAGGGUGUUGAGCUGUUUAGGCCUCAUGAACAGGCUCAUCAUCAAAUAUUUGAAGCUUUGAAGAGCCAUGUGGAACUUAUUAAUAAGGAUUCAUGCGAUGCGGGCGAGGAAAAUUCUUUUUUCGUUUGUGAUUUGAGCGAGAUUGAAAGAUUGCACAGGUACUGGAGACGGCAGUUACCUAGGAUACAGCCAUUCUACGCGGUGAAGUGUAACCCUGAUGUGAAGAUAUUGCGUAAGCUAGCGUCGCUUUCGGUGAACUUUGAUUGUGCGUCUAAGUCUGAGAUUGAGAAGGUUUUGAACUUGGGAGUUGAUCCACAAAGAAUUAUAUAUGCUAAUCCGUGUAAAGCAUCUUCGUUUAUCAGAUUUGCUGCUUCUAAGGGUGUGAGGAAGUCUACAUUUGACAAUACAGAGGAGUUACACAAAAUUGCCAGGUUCCAUCCAGAAUCCGAACUAUUUUUAAGGAUAUCGACUGAUGACUCUACUGCGCAAUGUAGGCUUUCUAAUAAAUAUGGUUGUGCACUUUCGGACGUCGAUUCCUUAUUGUUAAAGGUCAAAGAACUGAAGUUAAAUCUAGUAGGUGUUUGUUUCCAUGUUGGAUCUGGGGCUUCUGAUUUAUCAUGCAUCUUUAAAGCGGUGAAAGAUGCUCGCUAUGUUUUUGACCGUGCUGCUGAUCGUUUUGGUCUCCCCCCAUUGAGAAUACUAGAUGUUGGCGGAGGUUUCCAGUUUGAAACAUUCUAUAACUCAAGCAUUGCGUUGAAUACAGCUUUAGAUGAAUACUUCCCACAUGAAUGUGGUGUAGAAAUAAUUGCUGAGCCUGGACGGUUCUUGGCUGCCACGGCAUUUACUUUAGCAUCCCACGUCAUUGCAAAAAGACAACAAUUCGAAAAAGAAUCCAUGAUAUAUAUUAAUGACGGUGUAUAUGCAAACAUGAACUGCAUCUUGUUCGAUCACCAAGCUCCCCAAGCCAGAAUUUUAUACCACGCUGGUGACUACCAUUACAUGGAUUUCAAUUCCACUUCCAAAACCAGGACAGCCGAAUGUUCUAACCGCGUCUCAAUCUGGGGUCCUACGUGUGAUGGCUUAGAUUGCAUUACUGAAGAAUACUACACGAAAUACGACUUGAUUGUUGGAGAUUGGAUCUAUUUUCCUAAUCUAGGAGCUUAUACGUCAAGUGCUGCAACAUCUUUUAAUGGUUUCGACCAGUGCGUCGAAGUCAUCUAUAUACAGUCAGACAAAUAA